CCUUAACGAUCGAUCUCCUUCGCCAGAGCCAGCUCAGCUCCGGGGCAGAGAAAGCCAAGCGGGGCAGCCUCCCUUGUAAACCAGAGCCACCCUCAGCCGGUCUGGGGGCCAAUGACAGGUUGAGAGCUCAAGAGGGCGUUGCAGGAAAAAAUGCACUCGAGGUGACAGCCAAAACUCCUCCUAUCCUCACAACGCCUUGGCGUGUAUUGUGGGGAACAUGGCAGAUGGAGAUUAGAAGCGGGGCGGCUGCUGAGGAUUCGGCUGCUCCUACCUCCCGCGCCACUUGUUGGCUGCCCUUCGGUGCCCUUGCCUUGGAGCUGGCCGGGAUGCAGUAGGGCGUUUGCAGAGGACCUGGAACCUUUAGAAACCGAGCGAUCGGGUUGAUCGGGAUUUUUUUUUUUUUUUAAAAAUCACCGGAUUCCUUGAAUGCCCGCGCGUGUGCGCAGCGCAGGCAGGCGCGGGGAGCUCGGGGCCGUGCGCGCUUGGGAUGACCCGGCCAUGGAGGGGCAACGGCAGCGAGCCGGGCGGGCAAGCCGCUUGCUGAUGAAGACGCGCUGGACGCGCGGCAGGGGCCCGCGGCCGGGAGCAGAGCCAGCCACUGCUGCAGGGAUCGGGUGCCGCUGGCUCCCUGCGGCGGCAGCAGCAGCAGCAGUUCCCAGUUGGGACCGGGCGCCCUUCGCGUAGCAACCCCGCAUUGCUCAUAAUCUUGCGGCUCCGCGCGAAAAGGGCCGAAGCGGAGGAAAGGAAGGCGCGCCGGGCAUCCACAUCUCAGCGAGAAGGAGGAGGAAGAGGAGGAAAAAGGUGAGGGUGGAGGGAAGCAGGCAGAAGCAGCCGCAGCAGCAACCAUGCUGCCCGGGGUGGGCGUGUUCGGCACCAGCCUGACCGCCCGGGUCAUCAUCCCGCUUCUAAAGGACGAGGGCUUCGCGGUCAAGGCGCUUUGGGGCCGCACUCAGGAAGAGGCGGAAGAGCUGGCCAAGGAGAUGAGCGUCCCCUUCUACACCAGCCGGAUAGACGAGGUCCUGCUGCAUCAGGAUGUGGAUUUGGUCUGCAUCAACCUGCCGCCUCCCCUCACCAGGCAGAUCGCGGUGAAAACUCUGGGGAUUGGGAAGAAUGUCAUUUGUGAUAGAACAGCCACUCCGCUGGAUGCCUUUCGGAUGAUGACAGCUGCCCACUAUUAUCCCAAGCUUAUGAGCAUCAUGGGCAACGUUCUCCGUUUCCUGCCUGCCUUUGUAAAGAUGAAGCAGCUGAUCCAAGAGGGCUAUGUGGGAGAACUGCUUGUGUGUGAGGUACAGGUUCACAGUGGGAGCCUGCUGGGGAAGAAAUAUAACUGGAGCUGCGAUGAUCUGAUGGGAGGUGGAGGGUUGCAUUCUGUUGGUACCUACAUCAUUGAUCUCCUGACUUUCCUCACCAGUCAGAAAGCAGUGAAAGUUCAUGGACUUCUUAAGACCUUUGUGAAACAGACCGACCACAUUAAAGGAAUACGGCAAAUUACGAGUGACGACUUCUGUACAUUUCAAAUGGUCUUAGAAGGUGGGGUGUGCUGCACUGUUACCCUCAAUUUCAACAUGCCGGGAGAAUUUAAACAAGAUAUUGUUGUGAUUGGAUCAAGCGGGCGGCUAAUUGCAGUUGGCACUGAUUUGUACGGACAAAGCAAUAACUCUCCACAGAAAGAGCUCCUCUUGAAGGAUUCUGCCCCAGUCAGCAAUGCCUUGUUACCCGAGAAGGCCUUCAGUGACAUCCCAUCUCCGUACCUCCGGGGCACCAUAAAGAUGGUACAAGCAGUCAGGGAGGCAUUUGAAGAUCAAGAUGACAGACGAACCUGGGACGGAAGGCCACUCACAAUGGCUGCAACUUUUGAUGAUUGUCUCUAUGCUUUGUGUGUGGUGGACACCAUUAAGAGAUCCAAUCAGCUGGGUGAAUGGCAGAACAUUGUGAUUAUGACUGAAGAACCAGAACUGAGUCCUGCUUACUUGAUUAGUGAGGCCAUGAGGCGGAGCAGGAUGUCUCUGUACUGCUAGAUUUUUGUCUUGACUUGGGGGGAAAAAGGAAGUGAAUCGAAUCAGCUUUUCCCUGACAGAAAUAUGACUACACAUCUCAGGCCUGGAAAAGGGAAACAGUUUAAGGAAACAAUAUUUGUUGCUAAAGCCACAUUGCCUAGUUGGUGCUGAAAUAAUAGAUGCAUUUGAAAUGCCCUCAUAGUACAUAAUAGUUGCAGAUCCUUAUGAAGGAAAAAUGUGUGUUAGCUUUUUACCAAAUAAUAGGAAGGUAAAAUAUAAUCAGUUUGCAAUCUGUUGGAGUACGGAUGACUCAAUUGUGUUAACUGUUUAAAAAAAAAAGGUUCAGGAAGGUCCAGUUGGGCGUUACAGAAAAAAACAAAACAAAAAGCAGGCCAUAAAAGAUGCUUGAAUCAGAAGCCUAUGUAGAUUGCACAGACUUACCCAUACCUUCUAAGAGCUCCACCGAUAAAAGCAUGCUACUCUGUUCUUAGUUGGUUAAAUAACCCAUUGCAUUAGUUAAAUGAUACAUAAGAACAUUUGGCAUGAAUAUGUUAUCUGGUGUCAAAAGAAUUUGAUAGAUUGGUUUUCAUGGCUAACAUAAAUAAUGUUUUUGGAUUAUUAUUUUUUUCCCCAACGGAAUAUAACUUGAAUAAGUAGGUUCCCCCCACCCCCAAUUCAUAUUGUUCCAAAUUCAUUGUAUGUUCCACUUCAAGUUCUCCAGGCCCAAAGGCUCAGUAAGCUUUGAUUCAAAGCACAAAAAUAUAUAAAAAUAGGAUUGAGCAAAAAUUAGUUUUAGGAUAGCUACAUAACGUUUGAUGAGCUUUGAUUCCUGGUAAAUUCCAGGGUGAUGUUUUUUGCUUUGUUUCAGAGCAAAACCAUGCAUAACUCCUAUGAUACCUUAAAAUGUUUACUUUAGCACAAAUUUUCAUGGACUGGGCCUUUUUUUUUUUUUGUUAGAGGCAUGAAGUAGUCUGUCUGACAAAGUGGAUUUAAUUGCAAAAUGAUAUACUGUAAUAUGUUAGUUCUCAAGCAAUUACAAGGUUACUAGUUCCUAAUCUUGGAUUAUAUAUUUAAAUCUCAAAUCAGGGGAACAGAGGGAGAUAAUCAGCAAAACAUAGCUUUGAGCCAAAUCUCAUGUGCUUUAGGCAAAACCUACACAAAGCGAAAUGAUGCCUCCCCAGUAAGGAAAACCCCAGUUUAGAGAAAAAAUAAUUUAACUAAAGGUGAGGUAAGAUAUGGUGACUGAUCAUUUUUGUAUGUUUGAGUUGGACAGUUUGUUCUUGUUGUGGAAGCAUAUCUGUGAUCAUAAUUGGUGUGCCUGGCACUUUUAUUGCAAUAUUGUUUGAGUAUCUAAUCAGUAUCAUAAUGACAACAGGAGAGCCUUUUGUCCUGUUGCUCCAAACAGAUCAUUCUCUGGGAUCUUCAUUAUGAAAACUCCCAACACAAUGAACUGUUCAUGUUUCUUUUCUUCCACUUUGAAAAAUUCAGAUACUGGUAAAUAUUGGAGGUAUUACUUGGGACUGUAGGUUUCAUAUUAUUUUAUCCCUGGAACUGAAAUUAUCCUGCAGGAAUUGAUGCAUAUUUCCUUCUAGCAAAAGUUGCCAGAGCUCACUAGACUGAAAAAGCCAUUUGAUCCAUAACUACCUACAGCCCUAGACCAGACCAAAACUCAGGAAUUGUCUUUGAUGGGGGAACUGAGCCAACAAUAGCCCCAAAUGGUAGGAAUUUGAUACGAUAUCCUCUCCCCCCCUCACUUGUUGGCACUCCUAUAUUUUUCUCACUCUCUCUCUCCUAAGUAGCAGAGUAUAGAUUAAUUGAUUUCCUGAAGAGAGAUUUUGAAAUUAUAACCAUGAUAGGUGUGAUCUUGGUUACAUCUCUUUACGGUAAUUUGCUUUUAGAAAUAGCGGUGCCAAGUCUCAUCCUGAACAAGAGUCAUCUUGUCUUUUGAUUGAUUCUACAAGUUGUGAAAGAGAAAAAGUGUUUUCUUUCAUAUAUAUACUUCUUUUAUUCUCUGCUCUGGAGUGCCAUCUGCAAACUCUCCUGGAUAAAUUUAAUCAAUAAUCCUUUUAAGAAAGUCCUGGUUUGUUUGCAAUAUCACCAUCCCCACAAACAUUUACUAUUAAGAAUCCUGAGAGUUGCACUGGCUUAAAAUGACACUAUACCCUUUUGGUGGGAAAUGCACAGAAUUUUGGGGUGGGGGUUGCUGAAGGCUCACAGGACAUUGUUUAUAAAGUCAUUAUAUUGCCAGUGAGGAUGGGACUGAUUUUUUUUUAAAUGAUGUAUUGGAGAAAGGAAAGGUUGGGAGGGUUUAAAUAUCUAUUUUAGGGGGAUAUUGCAUUAAAAGGACAAGUUGCUCUGAUGAAAAUAAUAAUUUUCCUGGCAACACUGUGGGAACUGAAUCUGGCAACAAGCCACAAAUUGCCCACUCUUGUUUUAUAUCAUAAUUUGCAUUUGUCUGGCAAUUGAUCUUCACUAGAGGUUAAUAAAUUGCCCAAAGUCAGAAACUAAAGAAAAGCUGGAUUAUACUUGGUUGGUAGGGCUUGAUUUAGCACUUUGCAUGUAUAACUGAGAGAACUGCAUUAAUUUCAGGAACUGGAUAGAGCCCAUUUUGUAUAGUUAGAUGAGAAAUAGUAGAAACAGAAGAAUCCUGUUCUGUCAUGGAACUCAUAUGUACUUGAUCUUGCCUUAUCUAGCUUAAUGUUGGGGGGGGGGUUUAUUUAAAGGAGUAUCUGUUAUUGGGACAUCGUAACAGCAUCAUGAGUAAUCUCUGCUGCUUGCUAAGGUCUUUCACUUGUGUCUAUAAAUGGAUUGAUAGAGCAUCUUUUAAUAAAGAAUCUCUACAAGGGUCAGUAAUAUAACCUCCCUUACUUUUCCUUCUCUCCUAGAUCUAAAACUACAAUUGAAAUAUCAGGUGGGUGGGUAGGAAUAUGUUUGCACUAAGAAAAAUUAGAAUGUACUGGCAUCACUUUCUUUAAAUUAUCACCACUAUUCCUCCAUCCCUGUUCAACGUUUUACAUACAGUAUCGAAUACUGGAUAGAAAAAAUAAUUUUAAAAGAGCAAAAUGCAUGAAACAUUGGAGAAGUGUCAUUGUUAUUGGGUGAUAUUUGAAACUCCAUUUACUUGAUAAUAGACAAAUCUUCUUCAACUUCAUGUUCUUGGAAUACAUUGAAACUACAGUGCCUAUUAUCCCAGUUAAUGUUGGCUCUGCAAUUUCGCAGUUGUGGACCUAACACAGCUGGAGGGCACCAGAUGGCUGCUAUAGACUAUUUAAAGUUCUCCAUCGCUUUUGCUGCACUGUUGGUCUCCAUUUGAACAAUCCUUGCAGAAUGAUUUAUUCUCUGAUUUACAGGUUUUUUUCCCCACAUUAAUUUAAAUAAUAAAAGGAUGGAAGUCUACUGGGAACAUUUUGUUAUUUCAUUUUAUCCAAGGCAGAUUUAGUCAGUUUUUGUUUUGUGUCAUUCUGCUGUCCUUCUCUAUAAGAGCACUGAAGAUGACAGAGGGAGAUAGAGAGGUACUUAGCGCUAUAAAUCUUCUUAAAAUAGCAUUUCUAUGAUUGAUUGCAGUUCUUUACUUGAUCUGGUUCUAGAAUGACAUUUUCCUCUUUGUUUUUAACUUUAAACAUUCAAAUGUACAUUUAUUGCUGUAUUUAAUAUAUAUAUAUAUUUAUUGUGUUUUACAAGCAUAUAUAUUAUAUAGAGCGUGAAUAUAUAUAUAUAUAUAUAUAUAUAUAUAUAUAUAUAUAUAUUCAGUUGCAUGGGCAUUUUGUGUGUAGCAAAUAUUUUAAAAAGUUAUUUAUCAAACAAUAAAGAUGUGAUUAAAAACAGAUUCUAUAUUUUAUACCUCAAGAGGUUAGAAAGCAAAAAAAGAAAGCGGGGUUAUCGUAAAAAGAAAAGAGCAGAUGUGGAGAAUGUCCCCAGCUUUUGACAACCUGGCUGCUUUUUAAUAGAAAGCAGCCUUUGAUGUUUCUCAGCUACAAUAAAAUCCAUACAACUUCUGUACAAUGUUUAUGUGUUAGUCUUUCAUUGUUUGGGGAAUGUAGUUAGAUAUAAUCAGUCCUUGGCAUAUAUGUGCUGCUUUAAACAAGGCUUCCUGCUGUUCAUACAUAUUUGAUAAUCGGAAUAAAAAGAACUGAAAUGUUGAAUAAAGACAUAAAAGAGA